AUGAUAGAUGAGUGGAAUAAGCGUGGUUGUAUCUCAAAUCUAUGUAAGCAAUGGAAGAAGAACAGGCCCGUAAACGACAAAACGAAUAAUCUAUUUGUUCUUCUCUUUAACGUCGAAGGUCUUAAUACACAUUUAGCCGACGUCGAUCUGUUGCUCAAACAAUAUAACCCGCACAUCUGUAUCCUCACAGGUGUGGGAGCUGCUACAAGAAAACUACCAACAUUUUUAGGUUAUGUAGGUAUAUCGCAAACAGGAACAAACUCUUUUGGAGGAGUUGCAAUCUUAUACCAAAAACAUGUCAAAUGUAAAACUAUUGAUUCAGCAACGAAUUUCCUUCUAAUCGAAGCACAACUGCCUACGGAAACAGUAAACAUUGGCGCUGUCUACGUACCACCAGGCUCCUUACCGCUAUUUCAAUUAUUCAAUAAACACGCCGAACAGUCGUUUGUCCUGUUUGGAGAUUUUAACGCAAAGCACAGCACUUGGAACUGCAAAGUAAAUAAUACAAGCGGAGUACAUAUGGCUAAUUGGCUAGAAGACACCGGAAAUGAAAUGAUUAUACCCAACUCGGCCACUUCUCGCAGAUCUGAUGCUGUCAUCGACUUUGCGGUAUCGAACAAUGCAACAGGAUGGAAGACGGAAGUCCUCCACGAAGGUACAUCUGAUCACUGGCCAACCACCAUGGCCACCGCAACUAGUCGAGCUUGCCCAAAACACAAACAAGGCACGAAGAAAAUAUCGAAGAACAAAGAGAAACGCACAUCUCGAGCAGUUUCUUCAAGCGAGACACACUUUCACAGAAGAAAGAAACAAAUACAUCCAACAAAAGCGCGAAGAGAAAACAACAUAUGGAAACAUGUCUCGCCUACCUUCCGUCCUUUCGCACCACCAUUCAAAGGCAUACAAACAGAAUACGACAAGAAGACCGACCCUAAACAGAUUGUAAAUAUGCUAGCUGACCAUUACGAAAAGCACUUCGCCAAUCCUCAACACGAUACAUCGAACAAGCUUCACCAGGAAGCGAUAGAUAUCUUCGAAAACUUCAAAUAUCUUCCCAAAAUACCACUUGAACAAAUCACAUACCAAGAGGUCGAACGUGAGUGGAAGAAAUUCCAGCCCAAGAAAUCAACCGACAGCACUGGUACGUCUGCUCUCAUUCUGAAGAAACUACCGACCGAAUAUCUUGCAAUAAUUACCAUACUAUUCAACAAAUGUGCGAAAAAUGGUGACUUCUUUGACAAAGGAAAAAUUGCCAAAGUGAUCUGUCUCUCAAAAGAUGGUCUAUUUCCUACCGUCAACAAAUUAAGACCUAUAUCGUUGCUUCCCAAUCUGGCUAAAUGGUUUGAACGAAUCAUUCACGCCCGGAUCCUCAAAUGGUGCAACGAGCUCAACAUCGCGGUCGAUGAACAGAGCGGCUUCAUGCAAGGUCGAAGACUGCAAACCAGAACUCUCUCACUAAUCGAAAACUUACGACUAACAACGGCAGCCUGCAACAGACCUGCGCUAGUGAUCUUUGUCGACUUUGCCUCGGCGUUUGACCGGAUGUGGCACCCAGCACUGAUACGGAACUUAAAUGAGCUUGGAAUGCCUCUCCCACUUCUUAAGUGGGUGCAUUCCUGGCUAACAAAUCGCUGGCUCUAUCUAUCUUACGGAGAUGAAAACUCAAGAACAAUACAGAUGCUGGUAGGUGCGCCUCAAGGCUCAGUUCUUGCUGCUACACUUUUCCGACUCCAUAUUCACUUUCUACCAGCAAUCUUCAAUGGUACGUCAAUACACAUGUUCGCGGACGACCUCGCACUCGUUCUCGACGGAGCUAUUGAGAAACGUCUCUCAGACAACAUUAUUUAUUUGGAAAAACAGGCGCGCACAAGCAUGAUGAAGCUGGAACAAUACUCACAUGAGCUAAUACUACCUGUAAACGUUGCAAAAACGAAAGCUCUCCUCGUGCAUAGCGCGGUCGCUCCGAGUCUACCAAAAGUACGAUACCAAGACCAACAAAUUGAACAUGUCAACUCAUUCAAAUACCUAGGUGUGCACAUAUCAACGAAACUCGGCUGGGGAAACUACAUAAACGAAAGACUGCGGAAAAUAAGAAACAUUUACAAAGGUUUACGACAAAUUUACCAAACAAUAUCGACAGAGCACAUCGACGUUCGUCGAAAGAUAUUUCUCGCCUAUGCACUUCCACAUUUAUGCUGGCUGUUCUCAACUUGGUUCUAUUUCACGGAACGUCAGCAGAGGUCAAUUGAACACGUCUACUGCACAGGAAUUAGAUUGACAUACUCGAUUUAUGGCUGGGACGACAUUACCACAUUGAUAUUAAGCCAGGAGAAAAGUUUGCGCGACUAUCUCUACUCGUACUGGACACGCCUAUGCUCACAUCUCGAAAAAGCAAGUGAAGCAGUUAACUUUCAACAAUCAUGGAAAGCAUUUCAGAUACUAACUGGACAUGAUACGGAUUGGAGAAGAAAUAUUGAUCUAGGUAAGAACAACUGGUUUCUUACAAGACUAAUUGAACGCGUACAACAUUCCCUAAUGGAUUGGAAAGCGUUCCAAAAUGAACACAAACAGCAACUAAUGGCAUACAAAAAUGAUACUCAAUAUCUAAACAUGUUCAUAUACAAAUAUUAUAUACAACCGACAGAGAAAGGAACUUAG